UAGGCUUACAACUUAAUCUUACAAUUUUGGCCUUUAAAAAUCCCUAAUAUUAUAUGGAUUUUUGCAUGCUUGCCCCUGCAAAUAUGUAAAAUUGUGUGUCGUUGUCUUGUGAAACAUCGUGGACCAUAUGAGCCAACGAGUGCGUGCAACGUGGUUCUUGUAGCCAUUUCCACGAACACCUCACGUUCAUGGACCAUUAUUUAUCCUCGUACAAUUUUUCUCUCUCUUUUUUUCUCCCUUUCAUUAUUGAGUCAUUAUGAAUUAUGAUCCACGGUCGAUCACGAAGAAAAAAACACGAUGCGUACCACCUGUUUGUGGUAAUGUGUACAAGAAUCACAUUGCGCACGAAGAACGAAGUGCCAACACGUGUGAGGAUAAGGUUGGUCACAUGGUUUUCCAGCCUCGCACUGAAGAAAGAAAAUAAAGAAAGCAAUAAGUGCUGCAAGGCCCAUGCUUGAGAUGAAGAGCUUCAUUGGCAGCACAUGGGAGCUUAAAUUAUUGAGAUUCUCGGUGCCUCCCCUUGUAACUGUGCCGGUAAGUUUCAGGCUCUUAUAAGUAGAGAAGCUUGAGAAUCGAUUCCAUCACGGCAUCUUCCUUUCACUCUUCUUUAGCUGCUUGACUAGAAAGAGAAUUCAAGCACUAAGAAUGCAGAUGGCGUGCCAUCUCCGUUCGAUUAGCUUGCCCACCAGACCCCAUUCCCUUGUGCUCAAGGUCGAAGAGGAGCUGCAGAAGCUGCGGGACUGCGUGGCUUCUCCCUCCUUAACGGCCGAAAUGAUCUGCAGCGCAUUCGAAGGGAUUAGAAAUCUGUAUGACUGCAUUGAGGAGCUCUGUUGUUUGCCGAGCAUCCGAAAUGGUCUCUCCCAUCCACAACAGAAGAAACUGGUGGAGGAAGAACUGGACAGAUCUGUCAAGUUGCUCGACCUCUGCGACAAAAUGAGGGAUAACUUGGAUGCGAUGAAAACGAAUGUUCAAGACCUCCGAUCAGCUCUUCGCAGAGGAGCAUAUGCGGCUCUGGAAAGCAAACUUCAAUCUUACAUCCGCUCGGUAAAGAAAGGGAGGAAGGAUAUCGAGAAGAUGGUGGUUAGCAAGUGCGCUCCUCUUUCUUCCAGCAAAGAGGAUUGCGAUCUUUUCAUUGUCGUUAGGCUGUUUACAGAAGCAAGAGAAAUCGCCGUCGCUCUCCUUCAAUCGGUUUUGUCAUUCUUGUGCCAUCAAAUCGUCAAACAAAGGUCUAGCAAGUGGACUCUUGUCUCAAAGGCAUUUAACAAGAGGAAAGUAUCAUGCGAGGAGGCGCAAAAAGAUGGUGCCUUUGCCUUUGCUUCUUAUUCUUGCAAUGAUUUGGAUGACGGAAGUGCUUCGAGGGUACAAAAACACUUGCAAACACUAGAAUGGAACAUCAAUAGUCUAGAGAACGGAGUGGAUUGCUUAUUUAGGCGGCUGAUCCAAACAAGAGUCUCCCUACUAAAUAUUCUUAGCUCAUGAAGAAUCUCCUCAUUCCUUGUUACUUUACUCCCAAUGACCAGCGUCCGCAUUUUAUAGGAUAUGCUGAUUAUCAGUCCUCCUAAAUUUUGUAUGCGAGUAAACAUGUAUAGUGUGUUGUUGGAAAGAAAAUCAUAUAUUUAACUUUUUUUGCAAA